AUGUCGGUUGUUAGUUUAAGCUCUCAACAGCCACAUGCAGCUACCGCUGCAUCCAUACCGCAAGAAAAUGUCGAUGGUUUUUUGGAUAGACUUUCCAGCUACAUUCAGGACUUUAGAAUGCUUGACAAGAACUCCAGCGGUUCUCUGGAUGUAAACCAAGUCAAAGACUAUUUCAGAUCGAAAGGAUUGCCUGAAGACUGCUUCCUUGAACUUUUAUCGCGUCAAAAAAUGGAUCGCUUCAAUGCAGAGCAGUUUGCCGCUGCAGUAGAGUUCACUCAGAUGAACAGAAAGACUACCAGUAAUGACACGAAUAAUACUUCAGAUUUCAACGAGGUUUUACGUCAUUGUGAGCAAGCCACGAAACAGCUACAAGGCAAUAACAAAGUUAAAACUGCACACGCAGGACUUUUAAACAAUAUACUCAAGGAACUGCAGAAUAUAAUCAAGCUAUUUUUCCCUUUAGCUUAUCAAAACUAUACUGGAGAUGAGAUUUCACGCGGAAUCAUGCCUUGUACCUUUCAUUCCGACAACGUUCCGGAAGCAACAGAUGGUUUAGAUCCCCGUGGAAUGCAAGGUGCUCCCAAAAUGAAGUAUACUCCGCCUAUGAAUGAUUCUUUUUCUGAUAGUAAGGAUCCCCAUAUGACCACUACAGAUAAUGUUACACCUUCUCUUCAAAGCAAAGGAGGCAGACCUUCAAUGAAGGAUGAAACUACGCCAUUUGAUGACAAUAUUGACAAAGUGAGAAAUCAGGACAGUUCUUAUCGUUCAGAAGUGCUUAAAUCUCUGCAUAAUGCUGGCCAACCUAAAAAUGAUAUUGAUUGUUUGGAUGACCAGAAAAAGAGAGAUAUGGAAACAUUAGCGGAGGAAAGUCCUACUAUUGCAUUCAGUCCAUCGUCACACUAUGCUAGUGCUGCUGCUAUAGAUGGCGGGCUUGGAACUGCCGCUGCUCUCAAUCACAAAUGUGUCGAUCAAGUUGACAACAACACUGUAAAUGCAAACGCUGAGUCUGUAGUCGAUAAAAACCGUACUCCUGAUGCAAUUCAUACAGCUAACGACAGCACUGACGAUAACAUGAAACCUUUGAAAUCUAAGAAAUCUGUUUUCCCAAAAAUCUUUGGUAAACCAAAGGAUUCAAAAGAAGAUGAUAUUAAGGAUACAACCAAAUCGCCUUCUAUGAGAGAAUCUUCUUUGAAGCGCUCUCCUGAAAACAAAAAAACAAAUGCAUUUGAUCCAAUGACAGCCACACCACUUGUUAGUGUUGACGAUACACUCAAUCCAAUCGGUAUUGCUGUUGGUAAACAUGAAAAUGAUCGCAGUAUUCCUGUUGCACCUCCUAGAAAGACCACAACAAAUGCCGAUAGGAACCUGGAACUUGCUAAUGAUGACAAUCAAAAACAUAAUUGGCGCAAAGUGAGGGCUUCAAAUAGCGCACCUGUAGCGCCCCCGCGUAAGAUACCUCCCACUAAAAAUAAUAAUGCUGCAAUGCCCGAUGACAAAAUCUAUUCUCCCAAGCUAUCUGAUCUUUCGGGAACAGCUAAUAAUAAGGCCAAAGAUAGAAGGCCUUUAGAUGAUGAUGAAUCAUUCCGCAAGACAACCAAUAACACCUUUAAAUCAUCAAAUGUACCGGCUGCUAUUAAUACUGCUAUUGAAAAUUUGAAGGAUGAUUUGAACUGCAGCCCUGAUCAAUCUGCUCGUGCGAUGAAUGAUAAUGAGCCUCCGACAACCGCUCGUGAUAUGAGAAGUGAUCCAUAUAACGCUAAACUUCCCGAAUCUAACGAUUCUGCACCCGGGAUGAUGACUGUUCCUCCUGGAACUGGAAAUACAUAUGCAUCAUCUACCUCACAGAAUGCUCCCAAUAAAGGCUUGGAUAUAGUUGAUAUGAAUCAAAGUAACCGUAUCAUGAAUGACAGUGUUCCUAAUUUUGCAGCUGAUAAUAACAACCUCCCUGAUGCCAAGAGUAAGCUUGCAAUGCUCGACGCAUCUAUGAAGAACGAUCCUUUCAUGGCAAGUGCUCACCAUAAUGUGUCUUCGGACAAGAAUAAACAUGAUGUAGAAAACCCUGCUACUACCAAAAUCAAUGCUCAAAAUUCCGAUAUCGAAAAGGACACCGCACGCCCCGGCAUUGUAGGAAUGAUUUCUGCCGGUGUUUUAAGUAUGUUCAGUUCUUCUUCAAAGGACAACAAUGUCGACGCAACAAGAAAUAUUGAUAACGAGCCUAUGGCAGAAGAUUCUGCUCAGGACACUAAUGACAUAUCUAAUGCAGUAAAUGAUACUAAUGGAAAUUUUACUACUAUUGACAAUGAUAUUGAACACAAGGAUGCAGAGCCCAGAAGCAAGCUCGCCAAGAUUGAUGCUUCGUCAAGAAGUUCUAUGCUCUCAUCUCCAGCCGCCAAGGAUAAAAACCACCGUAGCUCCUCCAAUAGAGACAUAAAAGACCGUGGUAAUGAUGCAGCCUCCCGUACUACUUCUCCUGCAUUCAAUGACAACCCAGGCAAUACUAAAGGUUUCAACGAUGAACCUGUUCAAGUCGAAAGAGAGAUUGCUGACAAGAAUAACAAAACUGCCUGUGGCAUUGAUAGCCCAGCUGCUGAUGAUAAAAAGACGUCUGCUCGUCCUGGUCUUGCUAAUAUGAUCUCCUCCAGUUUAUUUAGUAUGUUUAGCUCAUCCAAUAAUCUUGAUGAACCUGGGAAGCACAAACCUGCAACCAACGGUCCAGAUUUAACAGAAAAGACCCCUGAAAUCAAUGCUGAACCCUCUGCCGAUAAUAUCAGGGAAGGCGAGAAGACAGGUGACAAGGCUAAUAUGGACGACCAUCUGUCCAAGGAUUAUAAUCCCGUCAACAAACUCAAUAAGCUUGAUGCUAGUAUAAACAAUACGAUGCUGCCUUCUACUAAUGCUAGAGAAGACACCGUAUUACAAAAAAAUUCCAUUUUUAAUGCUGAUAAGCCUAGUCUUACCGGUGAAUUACCUGAAGCUUCUACUGAUGCUAAAACGCCCGAUGGCUCACCUACCUCCCUGGAUAAACGUACUGGUCUUUUCGGUUUCUUCGGUUCUCAAAUUAAAGGCGAUAAAAACGAUCAUUCAAUUGAUGACAAUUCCAGCAAUCCUCGUGACAUCAACGAGAAAACUACUUCGCAUAUUGAUGAUACUAAUGAUAAGACAAAUAACAAUCUUCUUACUCUUCAAGAUAAUGUAAAUCGACAUUUACAUGAACCUCAGUCUGAAAUCUAUGAUGUUCCAGGAUUUAAGAAUCCUACGGUUAUUGCUGAAGAAAUAUCUAUUCCAAAUAGGCCUAGCGAUUCCAGUGGUGGACUUGAAAAUGAUAUUGGUAACGGUCAAUUGGAAAAACCUAUUAAUGAUACUUCAAGCAAGCCAAAUGAUCUUUCUAUUGAUGAACUUGACGUCACUGGCAAGCUACCUACUACUCCAGAACAAUCGAAAUCUGCUGAUAUCAACACACCUAGCACAACUAGUUCCCUUGGAAAAUUUGCUGCUGGUAUUCUGGGCGUCUUUGGUUCCACUCCAAAGACUGAAGAACUCAAAACGCUCGAUAAUGAUACCACUGGAAAUCGUGAUAUCAGUGAAAAGAUCAAUUGCAAUUCUGCUGAUGUUGCUGGUACCAAUUCUCUGCUUAGCGAAACGCACAAGGUCAAUAGUGCAAAUCCUAAUUCUAUUGAUGGAGAUUGCCAACUUUGCUCACGUUUCAAUAAGGCCUGCAAGACUCAGGAUGAAUACAGAGCACAAGCUGCUCAAACACCAAGUGACGACAAUGCUGAUCAAAAGCAGCCUGUAAAUGCAAUGGAUCCUACUGGUGAAAUGAGUGGCGCUAAUCGCGGUAUCUCUACCGAUGCUCAGCCAUCCGAGCGCUCUGUUAACAAUUCUAACCUUUCUGCAAAACUGCCCAAGAAUAACCUUGUCGAUGUAGAUAACACCAAUGAUGUCGAUGGUGCAACAUCAGGCUCCUCAAGUUUGCUGGGAGGACUUGCUGCAGGUAUUAUGGGUGCGUCCAGCUCGUCCUUCCUCAAUGAUGAGUCUAAAACUCCUGUUGUUGAUAAUGAUGAUACACCUUCCUCUCUGGUCGACGUUCAAAAUAGUACUCGUGAUAUGGAUACACUAAAUCCCUUUACUAAUGAUACUGCUCAAGGUGAUCUACGCUGUAUGAAAACUGAUUCUGCUACAGAGGUGACUGACGCUGAUACGCCCAUAUUCACUUCCAGCGCUGAUAUAAAUGCAUAUACGUCACCUUAUAAUUUAUCCGCCAAACCUACAACUGACAUUAGAGAUUCAAAGGCAAUAACUAAGAACAAAGGGAACUCUCCAAAUAAUUAUGAGGAUAUUAUAAUGCCUACAAUCGAUAAUUCACGUCUUGAUUUUUCAACCGAUAUGAAGGAUAUGAAGACCAGUAUCGAGGAUAGGUUACCGCCUUCAGGGGCUCCCUAUGAGACACCUUUUAUGGAUGUUUCUACCGAUUCUAGUCCAAGAGAACUCCGGCCUAGCGUGUCAUCAAAGGUUACUUCCCCCUUUGAAAACUUGAAAUCCAGCAUUAAGGAUGAGACAAACUCACCUCAAUUUGACGAUGAUUUCGCCAACAAGGUCGACAAGGCACCAUGCAUAGAUGAUGAUAAUGCAAUCAUGAUCGCACCUGUAACCACUAACAACAACUUGUUAGCGGAAACACCUAAAGAUAAUGAACCUGAGGGCACCAAUCUUGGCCGUUCUGUCAACAAACCCACUCUAGAGGGUCAACUUCCCGCUGGCACAAAUGCCUUCGAAUCUGAUAAUGUCAAUACACCUGCCUCAACUAGCUCUCUAAGUAAACUUACUGCUAGUAUUAUAGGUGUAUUCGGACCCUCCAAUUCCAAGGAUGAAACCGAAGAACCUGCUAUGACCGAUAAUAAUAAAGCUUCCUCUAGCAAUCGUGGUUUGGCCAAUCAGCCCUCAAUUAUGGGCGGUGACGACAGUAAUCCUAGUGGUAAUGGCGAUCUUUUUGAUGAAAAGCUCCAUAAUACGCCAGAACAACGAAAAUCCGAUAUUCAACCUCUUAGUUUUGCUGAUAAUACAAAUGCCAACGCAAUUCAAUCUGCAAUGAGUCCAUUAAGAACUGAAAGCAGAAGUGCUCCUGACGCUAUUGAUAAAUCCAACAGUCUCAAUUUGAACAAUGCAAUUAAGCUUGAUGCUCCUAGCUCUGAGUAUACCAAUAACAUUGAACCCUUCAAUGAACGCACCGGAAGCGUCAACAAUAAGCUGAACCGUGACUUACCAGAAAACGAAGCUGAUUUAAAGGCAAAAGAAAUGAUUUCCCCUAAAUCUACUGAUGUACCUUCUAGGUCUGAUGUUGAUAGUACUAUUCUUAAUGAUAAUCCAGCUGCUGCUCAUAAGCUCUCUUUUAAUGCUGCAGACAGCAACCCUGAUGUACAUGGCUCGCAAUUCGAUGGAAGUAACACAGAUGAUGUCAAGCCUAACCAUAUUCCAUCUGCUGUUGCUAGUUCGUUCGGUGUCCUUACCACUGGAGAUAUGGGUAAUCUAUACUCAAAGGCAGAUACCUGUGGGCCUGAUACAACUUCAAACAACCUUCCUCAUUGCAGCAGUCGUGGUAGUAGCAAUAAUUCUCCUGCUGAGGAUCUUAUUUUUGACAAUACACGAAGUCAUAACUCUGUCAUUGGCAAGGAUAACGUCCAUGAUGACGAAAAACUUGCUAAGCUUGAUGAUCGUGUAAGUGAUAUGCUUCAUGAUACUGCUGGUAAUUCGAACGAUUUGCGCAAGAAUGAGCCCUUCGUUGGUCAAGUUCAAGACAACAAUUCAUUCAAGAAUGUUGAUCUCAGCAAUAAUGGAAACCCUCAUACAACUGGCGAUGCAGUUGCAGAUGAUACUGAUAUGGAUAAUAAGAGGCCCAAGGAAUUAGGUAUGCUUGCUGCUAUCAAGGGUAUUUUUAGCUCGUCAAAGGAUCUUUCAGAUCAACCCAGUGAUAAUGUUGACAUCAAUCCUGCUACUCGUGAUGUAGAUUCCAAACCUUUUAAAGCUAAUAAUACCUCUUCUAUGAGCCACGAUGAAAAAGCUACUGAUACAGGCUCGUCCAAUAAUGGCAUAUUUGGCAAGCCUGAAGUGUAUGACAGCAAGAACCCUUUCGCCAUUGAAGAAAACAAUAAUCGUUAUCCAUGCGACUACGCUUCUUCAGCUGAAAAGUCAUCUCAUGACAGCGCCCUUCCUACUAAAACUGAUGCUAAUGCUGACAAUACUUUCCUUGCUGCCCCUGGCACUGAUAAUAAAGGCUCUAAAGCCGGCGCUAGCUUUGACAAUAAUGCUCCUGUAACCUUGAAUCCGGACUUCAAUGAAAAGUCAACCACUGAAACUAAUAUUACGAAGACCAAUGAUUUGGCAAAAUCAAACCCUGCCGUGGACAAUGCUGAACCUGUCAAAACUUCUGGCGAAAGAAAGACAGCCGAAGAUAAAUCUCAUAGUGAUAUGUCUGGUUCAUCAAGCUCCCUUACCGCUCUUGCUACUGGUAUUAAAAAUUUUUUCGGAUCCAGUUCAUUCGAAGCCGAUGCCGUGAAGCCUUCUGAAACCGUUGAGUCAUCAGAAUUGAACGAUACGGACGAUAGUCGCAAUAUCAGUAAUCAACCUUCUCAGUUUGAUCUUGAUUUUGAUAACAUCAGAUCCGAUGAUUCUGUAGCACCAUCUCGUAAAAUCGACGGUAAUACUUUUAAUGCACCUGCUGCUUCCCAAGACUCUGGUAGUUAUGCUAGUGUGAACGCCUCCAGCAGAGACCAAGAUUCGUCGCAGCAUUCAGCUAACGAUGACGACUUUGAUUCUAUAAUGAACAACGUAGGGUCUGGUAUGCUGACUGCUUCCACUGCUGCUACUAUGGCCAAGCAUGCUGAUACUCCUGCUAAGGACCAUUCAGCAAGUGAAAAACUUCCCAAGCGUGAUGAGUCACUUAAUGCAACCAUUGUUGAUUCUAGGUUUACUGAGCUUGAUAAUAGCAACGAUGUCUCUAUGUCUAAUAGAGGAACUGAACACAGCACUACCAAUGUGUCUCGACAGCCUAGAGAUCUGACAGUCAAUGCUAACUCACCUCCUGCAGUACCUGCUCAUAGAGAUUCUGCCAGCUUAAAGUCACUUUCCUACCAUGAUCGUUCUGCUGCAGAUGCCAUCAGAGCAGUCUACGAGAAUAUGACCUCAAGAUUGAUGUCUGGUCCCAACUCAUCAGCUGGUGUUGACGAAGAACGUGUCCUUAAGGUUCGUCCAGGUUUUGGCAAUUUUGCUGGUUUUGGUGUGAAGUGUGUAGCUGAUGGUUGUUAA